AUGGAGUGUUCCAAAUGCACGCGUGAUUUCUCGCCAAGCUGGAAAUAUGACCAAAAAGGUCGUUUAUUAUGCACUAAGUGUAUUAAUACCGAGGAAUUCGAACGGCAGACGAUUUCUCAAAUAAAGAAAUUCAACAAUUUCUCAGACUUCUGGGAAAAGAAAGAAGAAGAGCUGACCGUCAUUGAGUUGCAGAUGGAAAAGGACCAAAAGGAGCUGCGGCAACAACAAAUAGAGGCCGAGAAAAUCCGCCAGGCCAAAUACCGCCAGCAAGAAAAGGAAAGGAAGAAUAAUUUGAUGAAUGGCGACAUUGCAGGCGUCAAUAGAACCGCCUUGGAAAAUCUAAUGAGAUCGGUGAACACUGGCAACCGACAUCGCCCGAAAGGCAACAAUAUCGGACAGGCGUCGACACUCAUGAAUCAAAUAAACCAGAUGACCCAUGAGCAAACUCUUCAAAUGAUUCAUCGACUACACCAAAUGUCGAAUCCUUCGGCGGCGAACUCAACGAUUACUGCCGAUUAUUUGGCGAAUCUCAAAGUUCAGAAGAUAAAGGAACAAAUGAUGGAGCAGCAGAAACAGAAAGAGCUCCAGAAACAAAUGGAACUGGAACGCAUUCGAAAGCAAAAACAACGAGAAGAGCUUGUCAGAAGCCAAUUAGAACGACAAAGACAGCAACAACAGCAGAGACAGAACAACCCCUCGAACUCGGAUUUACUGCGUGCUAUUUCGCAGAUUCAAAAUUUGACAAAUUUGACGCAGCCAGCUCAAAACAGCUCACCUGCUCAGAACAGUGGUACACAAGUGAACCAGCAGCUCCAAGCACUGCAGCAACUUUUGGCUGCUGGCAACGCACAGCCGAAUCUGCUUACAAAUCUUAUAGCAUCUGGAAUACUCGGAGGACAGAACGUCCGUAACUCCUCGCAGAACUACGCUGAGCUGCUCAAACCCCCAACUGCCCAUACAAACAAACGUUGA